AUGGACGAACGAGAGCAAGGAACCGGGCGCCAGAAGAGAGGACGGGUGGGGGGGCCGUUGCACCGGAGUCCUGCACCUGCCGCAACGGAAUCCGAGGAUUCAGAGGGGGAGCAGUGCAUAGCGUUUGAGGGGGACGAGGGCCUCGAUGUUUCGUUCCCUUUGAAAGCUGUGGAGAAGAUGUUUCGGUGUCCUCUAUGCAAUGGCUACUUCAGAGAUGCAGUCACCAUCAAAGAGUGCCUCCACACGUUCUGCCGGUGGUGUCUGUACGAUUACGUCGAGGGCGCGGAAACAGAAGAAGUGUGCUGCCCUUACUGCGAAAGGGACAUGCAGCUAAUGACGCCGCAUAGAGAUGGAGCAGGCAAGGAUUCCAGACACUACAUGCCUCGAAUAACAGCAGCAUGCGUAGCGGGUGCGGGGAACGUGGUGAGCCUCAGCAGCAACAGCAGCGGAGCCUCAGCAGCAGCAGCAGCAGCAAACGCUGCAGUGCUGUUUGACCGCACUAUGCAGAAUGUCGUUGAUAAGUUGUUUCCACACUUUGCCCAGCAGGAGCGCCUAGAGGAAGAGGAGCUGCAGCGCUUCAUGCAACAGCAUCAGCACAAACAGCUGCCUCCCGAAUACCUUUUAGGGACUCUCUCGUCAGCCGGCCCCUUCAGACGCGAGGGCAUCUCACACAGACGAGCACGACUAGAAGCCAGGGCAGCUACAGAGGAAGCCCGUGGAUCUCAUCCUCUAGAACCUCCCCUCCCCCCGGAACCCCAGCAGCAGCAGCAGCACUGGCAGCAGCAAACCGACAGUGUAUCGUGCGGCGAAAGGCCCAGGGAGCAUCGCGAGGGCUUGCGUAGCAGCAGUACGACUGCACGAAGUCAGCAGCAUCAGGCACAGCUGCAGCAGUCACUCGACGAGUUCGUUGACCAGCUGCUGGGUUCCGCUGUUUGCUUUGAUGAGCAGCAAACAGCCGCCAUUGCGUUGCUGCCAGACACAUAUCAGGGCCAGCUUAUGGAGGCCCGUGUGCAGUAUCAAACCAUUCAACUCUCUCAGGCCCUACCAGAAGGCCACCCAGGCGUCGUGGUUGGGCCCCAGGAAUCCCAGGACCUUCUGGGGCUGCCUUUGAAGCUUCCACACAUUGACCGGCCGUACUUGCGCGUGCCGAGCCGCAUGUCUGUACAGCUUGUGCUGCGGUACCUGGCGUCGCAGCUGCAUCCGCUCCUGUUCCUGGGGGGCCCCUCGAGGGCGCCCCGUAGGGAUGCCAGCGCGCAUGCGGGAGGCGGUGCAUGCAGCCGGCGUGGCGAACAGUACUUCUCUUCCUCUGAGGGCCCGCUGGAUCUAGAGACGGCGCUGGAGUUGACAUUGGAGGGGCGCGUACUGGGCAGAAGCCACUCCAUAGACUUUGUGCGCAAGGCGCGACGCUUAAACUGCGCAGGCAGAUGUCUGCUGCUGCAGUACAGAUAUUCUGCCCAGACAGAGGCUAGGGUUAUUGCCUAUCACCUCGCUACUGUCGAGCGAAGAAGCCCAGGGAACUCACAGCAAGCUGCCCCUUCUGCAGCUGAUGCAGAGGGGCCUCAUGCACCGACAGGCCGUCCACUGGGGCUGUCAUGA